AUGCCAUUAUUACCGUCUAGUUAUCAACCAUCCAACUUAUUGACGCCAGAGAGAUCUGUUCCUUCUAGCCCGAAUCUUUCCCCUGCUGUAGUAACACACACAAAUGCAACAACGAAGCAUCUUCAUACGAACGAUUUGAAUGCAGUUGACUAUAUUGAGCUUACAAAACUACUACAGCAGCAUGUCUCUUCCAAUAAAAAGAAUAACAAACGCUCUUCCUUCUGUCUAGCCUCUUCUUAUCUUCAGAAUCAAAAACAGCAACAGCAGCGACAACAGCAGCAGCGACAACAGCAGCAGCAAAGCCCAUACAAAAAUCGUGAUCAUCCACAAUCACCCACUUCGCCUACCUCUACCACUAGUACAACAUCAACUCUCUCUACAGCUUCAUGCUCAUCUGCCGCUGCUGGUCCUCCGCCAAGACCAAUGCAACAACAACAGCAACAGCAACAGCAGCGUCCUACAUCACUUUGUCUGAACCCUUUAAAUUUACCUUCUCAAUUCGUAUUUAAGAAACCUCUUUACAACCAACAUUACCAUCAAACACACUUUCAUCAUCAGAAUCCUCCGCCUUCACCCACACAUUCUAUUACUCCAACUCAAUCAUUUCAUUCCAUUACUACUACAAGUACAUCGACUAUCUCAAAGACCAAUAGCCAACAUCAAAAUAAUAAGGAACAACAGCAGCAGUCAAAUAAUAACCUAAUAUUCUCAUCUUGGACCGAUUUGAGAAGAUUUUUUGCUGCUCCUUUAACAGCAACAACAGCAAUGACGGAAAUAGUAGAUGAGCAAUUGUUUGCCAACCAAUUUAGGCAGAAUAUUUCGAGCAGAUAUGGACAAUGGGGUCGAUAUAUUGGUAAAGGUGCCGGAGGUUCGGUUCGCUUAAUUGAACAACAACGAAAUAAGAAGAUUUACGCCGUAAAACAAUUCCGUAAACGGUUCGCUCACGAAUCUGAAAAAGACUAUAUCAAGAAAGUAACAGCUGAGUUCUGUAUUGGUUCCACUCUCCAUCACCCAAAUAUCAUUGAGACGCUCGAUUUGAUACAAGAAAAUAACAACUUUUAUCAGAUCAUGGAGUAUGCUCCGAACGAUAUGUUCAAUGUGGUGAUGAGCGGUAUGAUGUCGCGCGAAGAGAUUGCUUGCUGUUGGCGCCAGUUAUUGAAUGGUGUAGAAUAUUUACAUUCUAUGGGAAUCGCUCAUAGAGACCUUAAACUUGAUAACCUUGUGCUUGACCAUAUGGGCAUACUGAAAAUUAUUGAUUUUGGCUGCUCGACUGUAUUCAAAUAUCCAUUUGAUAACCACAUCAUCAUGACGAAAGGUGUUUAUGGUUCAGACCCUUAUAUUGCUCCAGAACAAUACAUUCAACCUUUGUACGACCCUCGUUUAUCAGAUGUAUGGUCAUGUGGUAUUAUUUUUGUCUGUAUGACAAUUCGCCGUUUUCCUUGGAGGGUGCCUAGAAGUUCUGAUCCUGCCUUUAGAGCAUUUGCCACAAAUCAUAAUCAGCAAAAGUUCAGGUUACUAAAACUGUUGCCCAGAGAAGCGCGCUCGGUAAUGACGAGCGUUUUAGAAAUAGAUCCCAAACGGCGUUGGAGUAUACAAACCAUUUUGAACGAUGACUGGGUAAAGUCGAUCGACGUUUGCACUCCUACUGAGCCUGGAGCUCAACACGUUCAUCAUGUUUCUGUCAUUUUCGAUCCGGUGGUACAAGAAAGAAGAGGCAAUCUUGUGGCAAUGACGCCUGAGCCACCUGGAGUUGUUGCAGAAAAAGAAAAAAGAAAACGCCAAUCUUUGCAACUAAACCAUCAUCCUCAACAGCCGCAGCAGCAGCAUCAAAAACCGCUUCCAAAAGACUAA